CUCUCCGCUUAGCUCAGCUCACUCACCCAAGUCCCCUCGAAGCGCUAGCACGCACAAUCAUCACAAUGUCCGCUCCAGCCAGCAGUACCAAUACCAGUCAGGCGAUGCCGCCAUCCAAGGAGAUGCUGUUCACCCUGGACAACCCGGUGUUCUGUUGCUAUCUCUUCUGGGCCACGGUGCUGGUGGCAAAGAUGCUGCUCAUGUCCCUGCUGACGGCACUGCAGCGUUUCCGGUAUAAGCUGCUGGGGCUCGUUCCACUGGCGCUGCGGCGCAAGAUCUUCCCCAACGAGGAGGAUCUGUUCUUUAAGAAUCUGGAGGUGCAGUUUGAUGAUCCGCAUGUGGAGCGUGUACGCAGGGCCCAUCGCAAUGAUAUGGAGAACAUCCUGCCCUACUUUAUCAUGUCCUUGAUCUAUAUUAGCACGAAUCCGAAUGCCGAUGUGGCCUGCAAUCUGUUCCGCGUGGCCAGCGUUGCCAGGAUUGUGCACACUCUGGUCUAUGCCGUGUAUCCGGUGCCACAGCCCUCGAGGAUCAUAGCCUUUGCCACCAUGCUGUGCAUCACCUUCUACAUGGCAGCAGUAGUUGCUCUGCGUACCCUAAGCUUUAUCUGAAAAAAGGGGGAGAGGGAAGCCUGGAAAACCCUAGUUUGAAGUCACUUUGUACCUUGAAUUUGUAAUAAAUUAACCGAGUGUGAAAUCAGCAGAAAAACCGUCAAAGAUAAGACCUUAUAUUGUCUAAAAAUAUAAUGUCUUAUGACCAGAGCUUGCAAAAAACUGUCGACCGUUUCUAGUUGUCUGCAUA